CCAAAAUUAGCAUUUGCGUGCAUGGGAAAUCACGUCGCGAAAAUGGUGGGCUUACACUUGUUUAUAGCCGGCUUCUUCACGUUUCCGUUGUCCCACGUACUCUUCACAUAUCUCCAAAGAUAUAUUUCACCAAGACUAAGUUAUGUCGACAGAUUUUCCAUUAGUACACGGUUUGUUUCUUCCCUUCAAGCACUGGCUGCUUCUAUCGUUGGUUUAAAAGUUGUUUUCACUUCCACCGACAUUAUGCUAGACAGGCAACCAAUCCUAGUCCUGUAUGCAUGCUUUGGACUGAGUUAUUUCUAUUAUGAUGUGGUGGUGAUGUUUAUUGGAGCCUAUCUGGAGGACAAACAGGAAGAUCCACAGAGAAGCCUGCACUAUAUAUGGACAAAGUUCUACAGAAAGAAGAAACUCAUCAUUCUUCAUCAUGUUCUUCUCCCUUUAGUGGGGUUUCCAGCAGUAACGAUAUGGAGGAAGAAUAAAGGGGACUUCUUUUUAGCUUGCGUAUAUCUCAAUGAGAUGAGCACACCAUUUUUGUCUUUUAAGGCAAUUUUAGAAAAGGUAAGCUCAUUAUUUUGAACUGUAUUAAAUUUUAUAUUUAUUUGUGUUUAUUUUAUUAUCCUUGGGGUACAAGCCCUGAGUUGCUGUUAAAUGCUGAUAUCCAUACCAUGGGUGGCAUCUUGAAAUUCCGACAGAGAGGGGAGUUUCUUGGACUUGAAUUCUGAAGGCAUUGGGAGGUAAUGCAAUUUGGAAUUCCAAAAGCAUGGGGGAGUUUCAGCUCUGAAUUUCCAAAGGGGAAGGUGGCAAAAGCUUUGCUUAGAAUCAUUUGAUCUGUUAACUUCUCUAGUUCAUAAAUCAAGCACGAACUGACCGCGGAAGCAGGGUAAAGAUCAAUCAGGCAGAUGUUAGCUUUCAUGCAGAUAAAAGUAGAUCAAAUGUGGGUUGUGUAGCAAUCUCCACAUCAAAGAGGCCUUAAAGUUGAUGAAUUUGUCAUUCAGAUUAAUGAAAUCUGUGUUUCUCGUCGAUUUAAAAUUGUCAAUCAAUGAUCUUGUUGCAUGCGAAAAACUCAUACCACUCUCCUUUCCAAAUGAAACCCCUGACAGCUUUGUACUUCACAACAACAUGUUGCCAGCAGAACCCGGCAAGAACAGCAUGCCUUUUAGUGAUGCGCUGUUUAAUUCAAAACUGUUUAUGCGCAAGUGUUUUGAUCAUUCAGAAUAAUUAAUUAUCACUUGUCUCUGUUUUAAGAGUAGAACUGAUGUAUCAUUGUUUAUGUUUUGUUUCAAUGAUGUCUUAUCUCUGAGCUAGUUGUUGGAGUUGAAGAGUUCUGUCAGUACUGCUGUGGGUAAAUAACAGACCUGACAGCCUUACAUUCAAAGCAAUUUGUGUUCAAAUUAAUGACAUGAUUUCUGAUGGAUAUUAAAAAAACAUCUAUAGCAUACACAACCAGUAUCAUUUUAGUAGUAUGAAGGAAGCAGGAGUAUUGCAAUCCUCCUGUGGCAGGUUGUUCAAAGCCUGACUAAGCUAACCCAGGAUUAGCCAAAGUUUUUAUUUCAUGUUUUUUUUUACCUUUUCCAUGAGGUCAAAAUAUUCUUCCCAGUUUGAAUAGUCUCGGACUACACAAGACAAAAGCAGUGAAAAAUAUUUCUAUACAACUUGCAAAAAUUAAUACUGCGGUUAACUUAUAAUCCUGGGUUUAGCGUUAACCGGCUUUCCAACAACCCGGCCCUGGACAACCUUGUCAUUUGCAGGUAUUACCAAACCAC